UUCAAUAUUAUUCAGUCAGUAAAAUUAAAAUAAUUGUGUUUCCCUUAUUAUUAUAUUGCAAGAAAGGAUCAUUUGACUAUCCCAUAUUAGACAUGUCGAAGGAUACAGCAAGUGGAGACAUCGUUUUAGAUGAUGGAUUGGAUUUGAGCAAAGUCGUCACUACUGGAUCUGUGCUGCGUAUCAAUGAAAUCUGCCUAGAGGACAAUAUUGAAGAUGAAAAGCCAGAGACUAAAGGAGUUGACUUCAUUGGGGAACCUGUAAAAUGCUUUUCUGAUUUGGAGAAGCACUUGCUUCCUGUAGACAAGGAUGGAUAUGUCAAGAAGAAGGUUCUGGAAGAUGGAGGGGGUGAGGUUCCUCAUGAUGGGUGCACUGUGUCUAUUGUUUAUUCCGGGUAUUGGGAAGAUACCGAUGACCCCUUCGACGUGAGACCUAUACACAAACCACUGGUGGUCGAUUUAAGUGACAAUGGCCUAUUACCGGGCUUGAUUAUUGCUGUGAAGUCUAUGCUUGUUGGGGAGAUAUCUGUCUUUCUACUAUCUCACCAUUUAAUGUAUGGGGAGAUGGGCAUCCCACCACGGAUCAAGCCUAAAGCUUCUUGUGUGUUCUACAUCAAGCUUGUGAAGAAUAUUAUUACACCUAAACAAGGGGAUAUCAACUUUUCUGAGGCCAACAUGUUUCAAAGAGUACACAAAGAAGUGAAGCUUCUUUACAGCUCUGGAAUGGAACUACAUAAGACUAAAAAUUAUUCAGCUUCAUCACGCUUAUUUCGAAAAGCUGUUUUCAUGCUACAUAGAGUUCGACUAGCUGAUGAAGAUGAGGAAAAAAUUCAAGAAAAGUUUCUUAUAAAACUUUACACUAAUUUAGCAAUAUGUUACAAUAAACUGAAGCUGCCCCUGAAAGCUUGCACUGCUUGCAACGAGAUCAAUAGGCUAACCAAUAUUUGGUCCAAUGGGAAAGUACUGUUUCAAAAUGCAAAAGCAUUGAGAAUGAUAGGAGCUUAUGAUUCUGCAGAGAAAAGGCUCAAAAGAGCUAUGCAAUUAUUUCCCAAUAAGGAUGAGAUGAAGGAAGAAUUAGAACUACUACAGAGGACCAGAGAGGCCUGCAACCAGUCCAAACUAAUAGCUCAAAUGUGUAAAGAUCAAAAACAUUUGGUAAGUAAAGAGUUCAAAGAUGAGGUAGAUAACCUCAUUAAGAAUUUCAAACAAAACGAAAAUCUGUGCAAGUUUACAUUACCAACGAGAUUACAUGAUGCUGAAGUAGAUUACAUCAGAGAAGUGUGUCAAAGGGAAAAUAUUUUCUGCAAUAAGAUAGAGAGGAAUUUUGCCCUGGAUAAGGAUGAAAGGGCAGCAGCUGAGACACUUGGAGAAGAGUUUAAUGAUCUGUUAUUGUAACCAUUUUUUUUGUAUUUCUGUUUGUGUCAAUACAUGGGCACAAUACACAUUAGCCUGUGGGUACAAAUAAACAUUUAGCAAUAAACAUUUUGAUCAUAAAAUGAACACUAAUAAUAAAAUGAUUAGUGUCCAUUUAGGAAAAUAAGGCUGAC